AUUAAAAAUAUAUUUUUAACCCACAGGUUUGCUUAUCCCUUGCUUGUCUAGAAUACCUUUUGCUGCCCCAUGGGUCGUAUUAUAAAGUUAUAGUUGUGAAUGCUUCCACGAUGUCAAAAGGGCUCUCCAUUCAGAUUGGACCCACGAAUGAGAAGACUGGAACCGUUAAUGCAAUUCUAAAUGCAAUUCUAAAAGGGUUGGAUGUGUUGAAGAUGUGCAAUUCAGUAGAUAGUUUGGAGGGGAAGUUUGGCAAUGACAGAACCAGUGUUGGAUUGGGAACCAAGGGCACGGUAGAGGCAAUUGGGUUCACCAUGAUGUUCGGCGCCUUUGUGGGUCUCGGUGUAAUGGUUAUCAAGUCGAAGAGAAGACUCCAAGAUUGGCAUGAGAAGAAUAGCUUCUCCGCAUGGCCGCUACCGAUCCACGCCAGCUGCACCUGUUUCAUGGCGAGCAGGACCUUAACCGAGCAAACAAAAUUUGGGGUUCUAUAUUUCUGCUGCAAAUGAGUAUGUUUGGAAUAGAUAUAAUUAUAUAAAGGAAGGCAGUCUAAAUGGCAACGAGUUUAAGCUAUUUCAAGUCUAAUUCUAAACAGUUGAAUAUUAAUUUUUUAAAAUAGUAUGUAACACAGGGUGAUGAAUGUGCAAUGAUAAAAGAAUUGAAUUAUA